AUGCGACAGCUUACCGCACCCUUCUCCAAAGAAGACCUGAUCCUUGCCUAUGAUCUUCUACGCCAAGACUUUAGCCGACAGGUCCUCAUCCGGAACACAGGUGGUGGAUUGGCCCUUGCCGCGGCCUUGCGUGCACCGCGCCGUCUGGGUGGUGUGCUGAUGCUCAGUUCAUGGGUGGCAGAGCCAUUGCCCGAUGACUUCAAGGACUGUUGCUCGCGUCCGGGUGUUGAAUCUUACAUGCUGAUCCAGUGA